UAGUUAUUGAGUACAUGUAUUUCGGCUUAUUAUAUGUUUUAUUUAUUGCAGAUUAGUGCAUAUCUAGUAUCGAAGAGCACAAAUUAAAAUUGACGACACGUUGUCUUAUAAUAUUGAACUUCUGCUACUUAUAUCAUCAAUUCAAUCAAAAUAGCAAAAGAAUACUAACAUUGCUUAUGUAAACUAGGCUGUAUGGUGUUAAAAAAAGUGAUCAAAAACCGAUAAUUGAAUUUGAACGCUACUGUUACUUGUACUAGGGUAUCUUAGAAUCAUCUAUUUGCAUCUGAGGGUGUCAAAUCAGGUCUCCUCGCUGCCUCUUAUGACCCCUCGAAUGGAAGUAGCACCGAAGUUUCUAACACAUACUACCUACAGUCCUUUCGACUUAAUUUAUUAAUUAACACCGUAAUACCCCCAACAACCCGCAGGUCGAACUACAAUUCGUCGUGGACGUGCGUGAACUUCUUCAUCACCGCCACGUACAGGUUGUAGAAGGCGUAGAUGCUGACGGUGAUGAUGAUGACGAGGGCGGCGGAGAACGUGACGCUCAGGAAGUUGCCGUCGAUGACACCGGCGCUGCCGGGCCUUCUGCCGGAAUCGAAGUCCCCCGACCCGUUCCUGUCUUUCAUCAGCCUCCGCAUGCUCUUCAGCCUCAGCCGCAGUUCGUCCACGGACUCCGCCGUGGCUGGAAAUCCGACACGUAAACGGUCAAUUAGGUGUGAAACGGUGUUUUGUGAAAUGUUGGCCGGUGCUGUCAAAAGUGACGUUUGGCAUAAUAAUGACGUUUCGUCGAUUUAAUUUAGUAGAAUUUUUUUAAAUAUUGGAUGAAUAUUAGUAUCAACAGUUUAUUGAUUAUAUUCUGUUGAUGAAAGUUGAGUAGUAAUUUAGCUUGUCCAGGGAUUCCGCUGUGGCCGGAAAUUCGAUACGUUAAUGGUCAAUUAGGAAUGAAUCGUUUUUUUGUGAAAAGUUGGCCGGAACUGUCAAAAGUGACGUUUGGCAUAUAAUGACGUUUAGAAUAUAAUUUGGUACAUUUUUUUAAUAUUGGAUUGGAUGAAUAUUAGUAUCAACAGUUCAUUGUUUAUGUUCUGUUAAUGAAAAUUUAAUAAUGAAAAUUUUAUCUAUAGACUACACUUGUAGCUGGAAAAUCGACAAGCACAGAACGAUAAAUUAAGGAUUUACAAAACAUUGGCUGUGACUGUCAAAAAUGACAUAUUUUAAUUUUGACAUUUUAGAUUUAAUUUAGCAGAAAUUGUGUCAUAAUCAUCAUCAACAUUUAAAUCAUUAUUUUAUAACUAAAAUUUCACGAGUACGUAUAUUCUUACAUUUCAAUCGUUUUAUAAAAAUAUCAACGAUUCGCGAAUUUCCCAAAAAAAAAACGAUUUGGCUGUAAUUGCAUGUGAUUCAUUCACAAAUUCUACCUCUGACGAAUUGAUCAGUUUUUAUCAAUGAUCGUAAAAUACGUAAUUGAAGUAACAUAAUCCUAUUAUAGUCUGGUCCAAAACUCAUCGAAAAUACUGACCACGAUAACAUUACAAGUACAAAUGAUUGUUGAAUUAUAUUCUAUAAAUAUAGGUAUGUACCUACUUACGUGGUUCAAUGGGAUCCAUGAAUGGGAUUUAUUGCGAGGUGAAAGCGACGUUUUCGUAUGUAGGUGUAUGUUUUUAUUGAUUACGCGGGAUGAGAACAAGCGACAGAGUGGAACUGGACCAAAGGGAGUUUAAAUUGGAUCGAAAAGAUGAAAUCCCGCCCUCGGCAACGGGAAAGCAUGCGCCAUCACCCGUUACAACAUCAUUCACUUGCCAAUUUUGCUAAAAAUCCAUCAAAAUCGCGUAAUACUUAGUGUUUGAACCGUAGUUACGAAAAACCUAACAAAAUUAUUAGUGAAUUUAUAACUAAAUUUUGGUGUAAGUUGCAAGGAUAAAAUCUAUGUUUUACUUUGAUUUUGCACUGAUCGUUGUCGUAAGCCACCUUUCUCUUCGUAUUGGAAACAAAAAAAAUAUAUAUUGAGAUUUAUCUAUUGUUCAUUUGAAUCCAUCUGAAAUUUGUUGAUAUUGUUGAUGUUUGGGUGUUAUUAUUUAUACGGAUGGUUAGAAGUGUUUGCUCAAUGUUGAGUAGUUAUAUGGAAAGUGUUAGAUGUAAUAUUUGUUGCUGACUCCGUUUACAUGUACCAAUUUCUCUGAAAGUCGAGGACCGUGCUCAAGAGAGCUACAGCGAGUAAGCGCACUUUAAGUUGCGGAAGACACGCCAUAUCGAUCAGAGACUGUUAAUAAAAUAUUUAAGAUACCUAAUAGAUAAGAGACCAAUGUACAUCACGACCGCAGGUUUAUUAAAUAUGCGUUCAAUUCAAAACAUGCGAUGUAAGUAGGCAUCUCAAAGUAGAUAAAUAAUCGCGCGCGAGUGUAUAUAUUACAUAUCUAUAUAAGUAUAUAAAGUUAAGAUGUUAUUGAUCAGCAGGAUGUUGGGGUCUAGCCACGUGUUUGUGUCCUUAUGUUCUUGUAGAAUCUUUCAGUUAUCCUUUACUUUCUACCACUAUUGAUCUGUAAUGGAAUAACGAAGCUGCCCCCAAUGUUGAAGAUACCCGCACGUUUUAAACAAUGUGACCUCAGUGUAUCCCUUGCCUUUGAUUAUUGUGACUGCAUUGUCAACAUGGGUACAAGGGCUGCUGCAUUUACAGCCAAAAUUCGCAGCCUAUAUGACUACCAGCUACGGCUCAUGCAAGGAGUCAUGCCCCCUCCAUCCGGGGUUGACAUAGCAAACACAAUCAAGUAUUUUUCACAAACACUUCUAACCGUUCUCAAAGAUGUACCUAAUUCACCUUUUGAACUCCUCAAAAAUCCAGAAAUGGAUACUGUUAGAAUGGGAUUAUUUCCCAGUUUAGAUUACAAAGGCCUUUACAAUUCACUCAUUCCUCUGAUAGAAGUCGCACCUUUAAUCACCUAUGGGAUACUACCUUUCGGUCAAUCAGUUCUACAGUGUUUAGGAUGUCUUCUGCCGUUCCUCGAGCACGACCUAAUCGACAAUUUACUUUAUUUAGCUGCAUCCACAAUAUCCGUACUACCGCACACUUUACACCAGGAAAUCAUUAACACGUUAUGUUUUUAUAUUUUACCUUUUACGAUAACUAGGCACAGCGAACGCGAUAACGACAUUUGUCAAUCUGUUUCGACCGUCAUAAUGAUGGUGUUUCAAUACUCCACAAAUCCAGCACAUCACUGCCAAUUAUUGGAAUGCCUUAUGACGUUGAAGCAGAACAUUUUGAAAGAUAUUCUCAGCGUGAUAGCUUACGGCACGUCGACGGCCCGCUCGUCCGCCGCCAAACUAUUGUUUUACUACUGGCCCACGUUCAACGCCAAUCUGUUCGAUCGCAAGAACCUCAUCUGCAAAUUCGCCGAUCCAACGCCGUUCGUAUGCCAAAGGGACAUGUGUCCGAACACCGGCAACGCGGAGGCCGCCAAGGUUUGCUACGAUCACUGCAUAUCCAUAACGUUCGCCAGCGACACGCCGCCGCCGCUCUACCUGUGCAUCGAGUGCGCCAACGAGAUCCACCGCGAGCACCCCAACCAGAUGUUCUUCGACAUCCUGCAUCCCAUGCAGCAGGUGUCGAUGGUGUGCGAGAACAAGAAUUGCCGGUCGACCGACAAGUCGGCGAUAUCGAUUUGCUUUUCGACGGAGUGCGCCAGCUACAACGGGAACCAUCCGAUCCGGUACUGCGAGCAGUGCCACAACAACAGGCACAACAACAGGAGAGGCGGCGAUCACGUGGUGCACAAGUGCAUACCGCCGACGUGGUCGAUGGAGUCGGAGAUGCAGACCUACAUGGUCGAGGCCAUAGUCAGUUUACUGAAAGAAGCUAAAGUACCUCAAUUGGACUCUAAAGACGACAAGAAGGAUGAAAGGGACAACAGGGAUGGUAAAGAAGGAAAAAGUCCCGUACCUGGAAUAGAUAAUAUAACUAUAGAAGAGAGGCAAUUACUUGGAAGAUACGGCGUUUGGUUGCUAGUGGGAAGAUGUACACCGACAGAAAAUACAUCAAAGGAAGUUUUGGGUCGAUUAUUAACGAUGAUUUUCCAUUGGUUUCACAUGACAGCUUAUUCGUACGACGGCCAGGAAGAAAGUACCUUAGAGAAACUAAAGACUGAAAUCGUUUGCAACUGGCUGCGAAACAUUAGCCAGACUCACUAUAAUUUGUUCAUUUCUUGCCUUUUGCCGCACCCUCCGGAAUACGCCCGCAUCGGAGGCCACUGGGACAUUCUAUCGUCGAGAACAACCCACCUCAAAGACGGCCUGAACCGGCUGUUCUGCUUGGUCCCCUACGAAGUCAUCACGCAGGAGAUCUGGGACUACGUCAUGCCGCAUUGGAUGGAGGCCAUCGUGAACGGCGUGCCGGAGAAAGAGCUCUUCGAGCUGCGCAUCAUUCUGAGCAAAAUCCUCGAUCCUGAGAUGAGCCCGCUCGGUUUCAACGCCAAGAAAAUGUACCAAUUCGUUUCGGUCAGAUUCCAGAAAACCAGCGCUAAAGUCCAACAGCAAGCUUUGCAGUGGCUGCAAACUCUCACCUUACUGGAAAUACUAAUACCACUCAACCUUCUAUUUACCAUCUUCGAAGAAGGAGUUUCCUACAUGAAAGAAGGCAUUGUGGAGAGCGAUGGAGAACCCGUCACUUCUCACGAUUUAGAAAUACCCGGUAGACCGGAGAAAGAACAAAAAAGAGGAUCUAUUUAUGAAGAAAAUCGGCUGUCGCCUCAAGCGGAAUUCGAAACCGACGCCGAGCACAACCUGUUCUGCUGCCUGCUCAUGCUCGACAUCCUGCUGAAGCAGAUGGAGCUGCAGGACACCGACAAGCACACCGGCCUGAAUUCGUCGCUGUGCAAGGACGUCUGUUCGCUGCUCAAGUGCAUGAUAACGGCCGCGUGGAUAGGAAACCACACCUGCUCGUUCAAAACCGAGUGCACCUACUGCGAGUCCAGCAUCAUGUGGCACCAGCUGUCGCUGCAGCUGCUGAAGUACCUGUCGCCUAUCCACCCGGCGCAUCCUCCCGACCCUCCUUUGGAAGAAAACUACGACGACGUGCACAGCAGGAAGAGCCCGCCGGAGAGCGACAAGAAGGAGGCCAAAAGCGACGCCGUCAUCUGCAUGCCGAUACCGGAAGUACACUCAGUCGGGGGAGUCAUUGUACACAUGCCACACAUCAUGACUGCGACCGUCGAAACCGUAUCGGAGCAAUUGGAUCUGCCGAUCAUUCCCGUGGAAAGAGUACCAGCAGGUUUCGCCAGGGCUAUUACUUUAUCCGAAUCGGAUGUAGCAAUGGCUAAAGCGCAAAUAAUCAAGGCCAAAGUGAUAGGCGAGAACGACGAGCCGGUGGAGACGGAUUCCGGCGACGACAUCGACAAUUUCUGGCAAACAUCCGUGGGGAAAUUCAAGUUUUCGGUGGACGAGCUGCCGCAGCCUCUGCAGUACAUCCACCAGCUGCUGCAGGAGCUCUCGAAGGUCGACAAACCCGACAUACUCUACUACAUGCUGCAAUGCUUGAACGUCUUGGUUCUGCACGGAGACGCUUGCACCAUCGCUUCGAAGGAGCACAGGGGGUUUUUCAUUUGGUGCCAAGAGAACCUGCUCAUCAGGAAUUUGUGGGAUCUGUGCAAUUCGGAGCACUCGCAUAUAUGCCAGACAGUCGUCCCGUUGCUUUUACACUGCAUCACUCUACCAGCGGGUUCGGACGUCUUCUGGAGGAUAAUCCAGGAGGCCUUUCACAGCAACAACUGGUGCGUGAGGUACACAGCCGUCGAACGGGUGACUGUCAUCACUAGAUUUAUGGAUUCCACGCCUUUACGCAACGUGCAUCAAUUACAAGCCGCACUAGCCAACGCGUUUUGCUAUUUAAUUUCCAGCAUGGACGACAGCAACGUUUGCGUAGCCCAAAGGGCUACUCUUUACUUGGGGACUGUGCACGACGCCGCCGUUAAGUCUCUCAUAAUGUGCUUGGAGACCCAGUUUGAUUCUGUGAUAGUGGACCGACCAAUGGUCCUUCAGUCGUUAUAUCAAUUACACAAUUCCAUAAGCGAGCGGAAAAUUCUGACGUGGGACUUCUUCCUGAACCGAUUCGAUACGCUUUUCAUCGAAGCGCAAAUUACUCUGGAAAAAUCCGGCGAUAUAAGCUACCUGCGAGAUUUGAGAAACUCCGACUCGAACAGCGAGGCGCUGUUGAGGAAGAUCCAAAGGGCCCACGAGGCUCUAUCGCAUUGCGACGGCAACGCCACGGGCUCGUUCAAAACGUUGAGCGCCAGUUUCGGAACGAAAUGGCCUUACAAGCGGACGAUGUCAGCGCCGGCCUCCAUCUUGACCCGGCACGAAAACAAAGAAACAAAGGAAAAGGUCUACAGCCGUCAAUAUUCAGCGCCGAUUCUAAAAAGGAAAAGUUCUCGAUUCGGACUGGAUGGCCACAUGCAUUCCCUAAACGUAGUAGACGAUCAGAACAUCACGGCGUUCCUUCAGAAGGUCAUCGAUUUAGAAGAAGCCGACAAAGAGACGAUGCACUUGCUGGUGUUCCUCCUCAUGCAGUUCCUGUCGAGAUCCGACCAGGCCUACCCGGCGGAAGAGAAGAACAUGGCCAAGACGCAGGGCAUCGUUCUGAGGCACCUCUACCUGCUCCUGGGCUACAGCCAGAACGACAGGGGGCUGUACCUUCCGCCUCAACGUUUGCGAUCCUCGCCGGCGUUCAGCGUGUUCCUGUCGAAUUUGCCGCAACUCUUAGACCAGAACAACCUGAUGGGUCGAUUACUGCUUCCUACAUGCCUUAUUUUACUACAAUACGCCCCUUCACCUUAUUAUAUAUCCAACACGAUGGAAUUCCCGCAGCCUACUUACAGUCUUUGGGCCCUGGAGUCACAGUUUCGCAAAAACUGGUUAAUGGCCUUAGUAGUUAUAUUAUACAAAUAUCAAUACAAUCAGCAACCUCACUGUAUGCAAUUGACAUCGCUAAUCAAAAUCGUGCUAAACACGCUAGAUUCUCAACACCACCAUUGCAGAAGAUUGCCCGCUACCAUCAUAAUGGGGCAACCUCCUUCUAGAUCCAGAGACGUUAGCCAGCCAUCGCUAGGAGGCGAAAUGGAACAUCCAGAACGCGCGACGCCUCCUCCUUCUCCGAUAUACUCCUCCGACGGGCAAUCGGUCCAGGUCUCCGGCAGCUCCAGGUGCGGUAAAAUCCAAGUGGCUUACGGCAAACCCGCAUCGACCGCCAGCAUGGAGACCCACUGGGAGGAGGCGAUCCACUGCGUUCACAUCGAAAAGCAGCCCGGCAGGAGGUUGGACAUGUGCAUCGACGACGACACGGAAUCGGAGCUGAUAAUGAUACCCGAGAGCGACAUGUCCGACAGCACGCUGCAGGGCAGCGUUCAAGAUUCGUUCGAAGAAGGCGUUACAGACAGCGGUUGCGAGAAUAACGUGAGGUCCCCGAAGGAGACCUACGUGAAUCCUUUGGCGAAAUAUCCGGGUAAAAACAGACCGACGUGGACCAUUGGCAGCGAGGAGGAUUCCUCGAAGUCGUUCGACAAUAAACUGCAUCACGCUGAAAUCGUCAAGCACUGCUCCAGAUUAAGUUCGACGUCGUCUGUGAAUGGCAUUCAAAUAGUCAAAGCCGUUACAGCGGAUCACAAGCAGAUCACCGCAACGAUCGUCGACUCGAUUUACCCUGGUAAACCGAAGCACAAAAAAAUUAUAGAGCCUAGUAUUACGCCGGUGGGCACGCCCGUAUCGGACUGCGACGAUUGCUACAGGAAUAAUCACGGUGUCAUUUUACCUACACCUUCUUUAGAGAGAUUGCUGCCCAUCGGAUCGUCUAGAUUGCCCGAUUCACCGCUGCAAGACGACGUGUUCGCUCCGGCGUUGGAUUCGCAGUUAGAAAUUCCCAACCAAGAGCGACUGUUGCCGAUCGGCCAGCACACCACUCCGCAAUUGUUGGAAAAAUUGAAACAAGCUUUAGGCAUCAACGCGCAUUUAGCUACGAAAAUCGACGGUAAAAAGCUGGAAAAAUUGCAAGACCACUAUCCGCAUCCGACGUCUUCGCACUCCCACAGCCCCAGGAAGUUAACCAAACAGGUAGCGCUGGAAAGUCCUCCGAACCACUCGGAAUUCGACGACAACGGACACUUCAAAUCGAUUAAAAUGGAUAACCAAAGAGACAUAAUGCUGAAUCACAGACAGCGUAUGCGUAAAGUGGGCCCAUUUGCGAUGAAUUCCUACUCCAUCCACGACCCCAGGAAACCAGGUGCCUGGCUGAGCCCCCAGAUGUCUCCCAAGCUGGAAGGAAUUGAUUUAAAGCAGAGUUCGUUUCGAGUCGGCGACGACUGCGUGACAGAGAGAUGCUCCGAAUGCGGGUUGGUCAAGGAAGAGUACAGCGACGAAGAGAUCGGCCUCUGCAUCGUUAUCUUAGGAACUUUUAUACACAGGGAACCUGCGCUCGCUGCUCCCAUGCUACCCGACAUCCUCAGCAUUGUAGCUAAAGUGGCAACGAACGUGAUGUAUCCUUGGCAAACGGAAAGCAAUAUUCACCUGCCUGGUGGAGCAAUAAGUGUGGCGCAUCAAUUUUUACGAUGCGUUUUACACCAAUUAGCGCCGAAUGGAAUUUUCACUCAGAUGUUCCAAACAAAUGCUCCAGAAAAUAUUAGAGUACAAUUUUUUAAAAGUGUUAUCCAAGCAUUAAUAGAUUUCAAUGAAUUAAAUCCUAUUGGUCCCAUACAACUUCUGUUAGAAACAUUGAAUUCCAAGAAGACAUUGCCUCUGGAUAUUUUACCAACAAUUUUACAAAACAUGGCAUGUUACUUGAACUGUCUGCCUCUCGAAGUUGCCUUAGGUGCGAGUACUCCGAUGUGGGGUACUGUUUUACAACAAGUAGAAAUUUUAUACCGAAAGUUGGUUUUUUUGUUGAACACUAUGGAAGAUUUGUUGCCUUUGUUGAAAAUUAUCACGUCUCUUUUUAAAAUUCCUUUAAUAUCUCAAUUCAAAGGACUCUUAGACCCAUUUUCUAAAGUCCUAAGCUACGCAAUACAAACUCAGACUUUGAAAUAUGGUUGCCUUAUCGAAAUUUGUUAUUUGUGUUAUAAAGCUUUUACGAAGGAAAGAGAUAAGUUGUAUCUCAGUCGUAUGGUUGUAUUUGAACUAGUCCAAGCGCUCAAAUUCAAAACUACAAUACCCGAUUCCAAUUUGUUGUUGAUAAUUAAUCUCAUUUUGCAGGACAUAGGAAGUUUCAUUCCUUCAAACGUUGUAAUAAAAGACUGUUCAUCUUUAGCAUUAGAAUACGGACAAUUUAGCACAGGUGUAUCCGAAUGUAUGAAAAUUAACCAUUUAGGCGAUAUACUAGAGUUUUUAACCGAUUUUCAUGCUAUAUCUAAGAUGAAGAGUUAUUGUAAAGGAAUUAGUGUUGGUUUGAACGAUGAUACCUUAGGUGGAAUUAUAAAAUGUAGUAUUGCUCAAUAUUUAGCAUUAGAAAUAACAAAAGGUAAUGGUAGAGAUAACAGAGCUGUAACGAAGUAUUUUCCUUGGUUAUGUAGUUCGUCAAUAGCGCAGCAGAGCCCCAGAGAGUUCAUAGAAUGUAUAGGACAUAUUAGGCUCCUUUCGUGGCUACUGUUAGGUUCGUUAACUCACACAGCAUUGCAAGGUAACAACAAUAAUUGCCAGAUACUGAGCCAGCCGAUACCGCAAGAAGCAUCUUGCCAAAUAGCCGACCACAUUCAGGUAAUAAUGGCUGGAUUUGCGGAGCAACCGAAAGCCUCCGUGUUGCACAUGUCAUCGCUGUUCCACACGUUCAUAUUAUGCCAGCUCUGGACGAUCUACUUGGAGCAAGGGCUAAGUAACAAUAUACCGAUAACAGAAGCUUACAACGUGACCAUGAACAUACUCUUCGAUUUCUGGGGCAAAGUCACGCCGUGCAUAUUGCAACUGAUCCAACAAUCGAAGAUGCUGAGCGAGAUAGUGAGCCUGCAUUUCCUGAGCAUGUUAGAAACGCUCUUGGAAUGCCAGUCGACUUUCGUGGGAAAAAUUCUACCGCUUUGGACACCAGUUUUAUGUUCUAAUCAAUUACAGUUGCCGGGCCAUUUGCAAAUGAGACUCCAGAAUUGCCGUAAUUUCCCUCCCAACGUCAUUAACGAGGCUAUACCGGAGAAAUUGAAGGUGGCGAACCUCCACAACCCCAUGCUGCUGAAAUGGCUACAAAGACUUCAAUUCAAAAUGGGACAAAUUGAACUGCAAUCAUCGACAGCGACGCAAUUCUAUUCAUUGUAAAUAGCCACUUGAAAUAUAUACACAUAAAUUACGAAUAUUUUUAUGUUACUAAAAACACGAGUUUAUACAGAAACGUUAUAAUAAAUCAAAUUUUAUCAACAAUAUAAUUUUCUCUUAAUAAAUAGCUAAAUUUCUUUUUUUAGUUGAUCCAUUGUGUUCCUAGAUGCUUCUGAACCUAAUGGAUAUAACUAGAAAUAAAUAAAAUUUACGUUAGUUUUACACAGUACAUUUACCAGGUGUUAAAGUAUUACCUUUUGCAAAAAAUAGGCAACAUCGAGUUUAAUCUGCUCCCUGAUUUUCAUUUCAUCAGAACCCGUAUCGGAAUGAUGCGAACUAUCCUCCGAACUGGCAACAUUUCUGCUCUUCAAUCUCCUGAGCGAUUCCUCCGUUUUGCAAACCGAUCUUAGCACGCCUUGAACUAAUUUGAGAUACCUAAAAGAUAUAUUAAAAUACGCUUCACUUUAUACAAAAAUUCGCUUACUGUUCCGUAACUUGCAGAAUGACUUCAUUCAAAAUCUCGGUAGAUUUGUCGUGUAUCACGUUGUGGAAUAACUCGAGGAAAUUUGUGACCGGUUUUAUGGCCUCGAUCAUGUAGGUGCUGGGCUCUUUGGGCGUGCUCCGGUUGGUUCUCCUGUACAAUCGCGGUAUAGCACCGACGUGCUGCAGGUGAUUGCACAUUUCGUCCACUUUCAUUUUCACUAGAUUAGCUUUGAGCGUGCUCUGGACAGCUUCUAUCGAUUGCUUGUUUAUUUUAGAUAUACUCGGAACCAACGAAACAAUGCUGUUGUCGAGUAUUUUGUAAAUUGUGCUGUGGGUAUCGACUGGAGUGGAUGUUACGGGGCACAUAAAUUUUUCUACUAUAUUCAAAUCGACCAGCAAGUCCAUUAUGAAUUUUUCUUUCGAGGAGUUUGUCGAAAAAUUGCUCUAAAACGUAAUGUUUACAGUCAAACGUAUUUGUAGUUAAUUAGACUUACUUUAACGAUGGAUUCGAACCACCUCAGAUAUCUAGAGAGUAGUAGCAUGGAUAAUUUAAUGAACUGAUCUGCUAAUUGGUCUAAAUACACAUCUGGAUGGAAACACUGGGAAAUGGCUACCCAUAGCGCUAAAGUCAGCUUUAAAUUGCAGGAAAUAUCAUUUUUAGUAGCAUAAAACUCGUUAUUGUCAACAAAUAUUGCUGUUUCGAAAUCGCUGGCGAUCUUCUGGUACCGUAUCUCGAAAUAAACAGGUAGAUUAAAUCUCUUUAUGUGAUCUUGGAAAGUACUAUCAUCCUUUAAUAAUGAUUUAUUGUGCGAUUUCUCAGCUAUAACGGAUAAAAUUUUCCAAGUACUUUUAAAUCUCUUUUGGAACAAUUCUGGGUUUCCCGGUGCUGUUAUUAACGGCAACCCUUCGCGCGACUGCUUGUCGAAUUCUCGCCACAAACUGUGCAACACGAAAUUGUAAGACUUUAAAUCUGCGUUUUUCUCGAGUACAUCGAGAAGUAUCUUCAUUUCGACGUCUAUGAAAUAAGACACUUCAUUGUACAGCUUUUCCAAAUCUUGAUUGUACCUUUCGAGGCUCUUUUCCGUUAGCAAUUUUUGAAAAUAAGGCUUAACUAUUCUGAUUCUGUACGUUUCCUGUGCCUCUUUUUGUUUUUUUAAAUUGUCAUAAAGCCUAAGGCACCUGGUUACGACUUCUUCGUUGGAAUUUUUUAUUGCUUCUAGAAAUUUCCUGUUUACUAUUUCCAAUAGAUUGUUUUCUACGUUUACCAUGAUAUCCCUCAGGUCUGAGGAUACAAUGUUCAAUUCAUCCAUGUAGUUCUUUUGGAAUGAAUAUUUCCCGACGAUUCGAUCCAAAAUGAUGAGGUCUUCGAAUGAAUCGGCAGAUGAUUUUAACAUUUUGUCUAUGUAUAAAGAACAAGCAAUUACUCCUAGUUUUAAAUUCAAAUUAUUGUGGUUAGUAUUGUUAUCUUUUAGAUUGUUCAACAUAAGUUUAUAGCUGGCUUCCGUUGUAUUGAUUAGUUUAUGUAAUGCCUGAAAUUGAAGAAGAUACAUUUCAGGAACUUUACAAAAUGGGAAAGGUUGUAAACUCACCAUUAUUUCUUCUCUAAGCUGGAAAAAUGGAAGAGAUAAAUGUUCAAUUUUAGAGCUCAAAUUUGUUAAAUACUCCGCUAAAUUAACGAUUGCUUCAGUUUCAUUUCUGAGAAUUUCAGUCAUUUGCUGCUGUAGCUCGGCUCCAUAGUUUUUUAAAUCCCUUCGAAGGGUCUCUAAAUCUGAUUUUUGUGUGUAUUUAGAUAGGCUAUUAUCAACGCUGAAGUUCU